AACUCUCAUCUAAGAUCAAAUAAUUGGGUUUAAUACUAAAACUAGUAUUUUAAACAAAAUAAAUGAAUAGAGUUACAUAAUGAAACAUUCAGGAUAAAACAUGAGGCACAGCAGGAGUAAGCGUGAACUCGGUUCGAUACAACGCCCCCUACAUUAAAGGAUGGUUAUUUGAAUACAUAAAUAAGUUUUGUUCUGGUACAAUAGCGCCUCCGUGUGAUAAAAUUGCAGAACAUACCAAAAGGAAUUUAUUUGACGUAUUUCCUGUUUAGACAUACGUCACACCCUCUAAAACAAUGGACGGAAAGACAUGUCUAUGUUGAUUAUUUGUAACAUGGUUGUCAUAACAACCGGUGUUGUAAUGUAACGUCAGACAGCUAAAUGUGUCAGCAGGAUGAGAACAUACAUGUUCCGUAAAGCCAGUUGUGGCUUCUCACCGGGGCUGCGUCGGUUUUCCGACCUGAAAGUGACCGAACAUGUGCCUGAGAGUCCAGCUUCAGCUCGUCUCACUGAACAGGCGUCCUUAUAUGUGCACGACAGUUUUCAUAGAGGAUUAAUUGCCAUAGCAAUAGAACACUGAUGAGAACAGAGAUGUAGAGAACUACAUAGUUGGCUGAAGGUAAGAACUACAGAGAUAGCGGACCACUCAGUUCCUACAGAGAAGGCCAGAGCUUCCAGUUAGAACUACAGAGAUUCCCACCUUGGUGGAACAUUUACUACAGACAAGGUGGCAGAAGAGCAAAGGAAUGGCCCUAUUGUCUCCGACGGUGCACCUACUGCAAUUUUAACAAAUACAUACCCAAAGAGAACAACGAAGACAUCAUGGCAAAGUGUCUUCAGAGGGAAACUGAGACAUUGCUGCAGCUCAGUCAAGUGUCCUGCAUCACAUCUGUUUUUUUUGGUGGUGGGACUCCAAGCCUGACUCACCCAUCAACCAUCGCUAAGAUCCUUGAAACGGUUUCCAAGCAGGUGAAUCUCUCAGAUGAAGCUGAAGUCACACUGGAGGUAAACCCUACCCCUGUGGGAAUGUCAAAGUUAAAAGACUACCACCGUGUUGGGGUGAACCGUUUCUCCAUUGGCUUCCAGUCUCUGCAGGACAAGGACCUGAAAGGUUUGGGAAGAGACCACAACUCCCUGGAUGCUUUGCAGACUCUGGCAGAGGCCAGGAAGCUGUGUCCAGGUGGGGUGUCGGUGGAUAUUAUGUUCGGACGCCCCAACCAAACAACUGAAUUGUGGAGCAGAGAGUUGUCUGAGAUGCUGAGGGUGUGUGAUGACCAUGUGUCUCUGUACCAGCUGACCCUUGAGAGAGGUACUCAGCUGUUUAAACAGGUUCAGUCUGGACAAGUAACUAUGCCCACAGAGGAAAUAACAGCAGAGAUGUACCAAAGUGCCAGAACAACUCUCCAGCAGCACGGCUUUCAGCAGUAUGAAGUAUCUAACUUUGCUAAAAACAAUUCAGAGAGUCGUCACAACCUUAGCUACUGGACAGGAAAACAGUACGUCGGCGUUGGCCCUGGAGCACAUGGACGUUUUGUUCCCCUGGCGGAGGGAGGCGUUACCCGUGAGGCCCGGACACAGACCCUGGAGCCAAAUGUGUGGAUCCGUGAAGUCCAGCAGCGAGGACAUGGGACAAGAAGGCGGAUCCAGCUGGGCCAUCUUGAUCUUUUAGAGGAGGUGUUAGUGAUGGGAAUGAGAAUGACCAAGGGCAUUAAUCACAAGCACUGGCAGCUGUUUAGCCCUGAAUUAAGUCUUCUUGAAAUAUUUGGUGGAUCUCUUGAUGUCCAAGAGCUGCUGCAGAAGGGACUGCUGAUUCUUGAUGACAGGGGGUUGAGAUGUUCCUGGGAUGGUCUGGCCUUAUUGGACAGCAUGCUUCCUGUUUUGCUGGUGGAACUGGAUAGAUUUUUUUCCCAAAAAUUGGCAGCUAACUGACAAUGAAGAUCUAUAACACUUUAAGUCACAACCAUGUAAAAAAAAAAGAAUUUUCACAAUCCGUUGAAUUGUCUAAACAUGACACUUAUGUGUAAAAGAAUAAACUAUUUAUUUGUUUAAAAAAUAUGUCAGAUUUUGUACAAUCCGUUUUUUUUCUAGAAAUACUCAAACAUUUUUAUUCUGCUUUAUGUUUUUUUAAUGAAUAAUAUUUUGUAACCCUCUAUGCAGAUUUAACAGGAUAGUAUAUAUCAGUUCAAAAAGUGUUUUAUAUCUUCAAUUCUUUUCUUGCAGUCUUUUUAAGGUUAUUUUAAAUGCAACAAGACUAUGUUUAAUUUUAGAUGCUUUUUAUAAUAUUUGCUGCUUUAUUAAACUGGUGGAGAUAAUACUUUCAGUUUCACUUUUAUUUUUAAAUGAAGUGCCUGGAGUAUUAUUUAAUAAACUUAGAUUGGUUAAAAACAAUACUUUCUAUUUGGUUGCUACAUUUAUGUGCUAUAAAGCCUGAUAGAAGUAUAGACAACCUUUAAGAUUUUCCACUUUUUUAACAUUCAAAAACUUUUAUGUAUAGGUUUGUGAUUUUUUUUUUCUUUUUUGAUAGAGCAUUCUGUUUAUUACAGAAUUAAAAUGAAUGCAGAAACCUGACAAGAGAUAAUAAAUGUUUUACUUAAACAUAAAACAUGUUUAUGUUUUAUGAUGAAUUGAUGGAUUUUUCAUCAUUGAAAAAUUAAGUUUUUGAAUGAUGGAUUCUGAUCAUUGAACAUCCAUGAUCAUCGAUCCUCUUUGUCCAAUCUAACUGGACAUACCCCUGAAAAUUAACUACUGGUUUUUGUAAAUGUACGUAUUUGGAGAAUAAAAAUGUGAAGAAAUUGAAAA